CCAAUUUUUUUCUUGUUGUGACACGUACCAUCAUAAUUUACGACAAUCUUCCUGUGGUAAACUGUUGGACACCUUCAAGGCACCAGUUCUCGAAAUGUGCAAUAUAAUUUCUCACCUCGAACGUGCUCAGUACCCGCAUUUCGGUGAAUGUUGAUUGCCGGAAAAAGAGUGUAAAUUUGUUUGUGUUGUCACGUUUUUGUUCCAUUUACGGGGCUUUUCAUUUGUAACUUUGUCGGACACAUUGCGACACCGGUUGUCUCAUUGUAAAGUUUCAGGCGCCACUUUUUCUGAGAAAGAAUGUUAUGGUUACCAAAAUGGCCGAUACCAUUGGAGAUGGUAUCAAGCAAGCGAUGGAGCAUUGCAGUGCACAAUUCAAAUGGAAACAAUGGAAUUGCCCCAAGUCUGCAUUCUCCAGGAGAAACUCUCAAAAAUCAAGUCUUACUAAAGAGAUCGCCUUUACUAGAGCUUUAACAACCGCUGGUAUCAUGCAUGCACUUGCCAGGCGAUGCUCCAAAUCAGGAAGGAGCCAAUGUGAAUGUGACGAAGGCUCCGAUGUUUUACAAGAAGCCAUGUCAAACUGGGAAGUCAAAUCACCAAUUGGCGAGCACAAAUCCGUUUUGGACCAUAUAAAGACGAGCGUAGAGAUCGAAAACGAUUACGAUGACGAGGACGAAGACGAAGCAAACGAGGUUGGGAAUGAAGAACCAGACGUGACUUGGUCGUGGGGAGGAUGUUCAGACGACCCAGGGUUGGCUGAGGUGACAACUCAGAAUUUACUCGCUGACCUUGAGACAGGAACUGACGCUUAUGCUUUUGCGGAGAAGCAGAACAAUCUAGUAGGACGCAAGGUGGUGAAAGAUUCUCUCAAAAGGGUAUGCAGAUGCCACGGUCUCUCUGGAAGCUGUUCCCACCAAACGUGCUGGAUGCAAGUGGCACCAUUUGAAGAAAUAGCUGAAAAUUUAGUGAAGAAAUACAAGAGAGCCAUAAAAAUAAGCAACGGCUAUAUGAACAGUGGUUGGAAUUCCAGAAACCCUGCAGAUGUACCCGAAAGAGCCGGAAGGAAGAUCAAGACUAAGCAGUUAGUUUAUUUGGAUGAGUCUCCUGACUAUUGUAUUCCUGAUGAGUCCAGAGGUUGGCCAGGAACCUUGGGACGCUUGUGCAACAAGGAAAACGUAACAGAUCCCGAAGAAAGGAAGAGUUGCCAGAACCUUUGUCGAAGUUGCGGUUACAAUUUGAGAAAGGAGAUUAGAUACAAACAAAAACGUUGUAAUUGCAUUUUCAAGAUGUGCUGCGAGGUGAAAUGCGAUAUUUGUGAGGAGGCCAUCGAGGAGUAUUUUUGUGCUUGAUGCCCACUAGUACAAAUUAUGCCCAAUUUUCUGUUGAAUCUUCAGAGUGUUUAUCAAAACUUACAAGUUUCACAUCUGGCAGUUGAAGGGCGCGCCAGAAUUGUGAUUCAUGUGCAAUACAUAACCCAGUGUAUAUAGAUACGUGUUAUUGACAAUGUUACCUAAUGUAUUUUUGUACAUAGAUAUUUAAGUGGGUGUUACGUGGUUCGAAACUGGAUCCCAUCUUGCGUCCGAAGAAAUAUAAUCGGAGUGAGAAUGUGAAAUACAUCAAAACGCGAGAAAAAUUAUUGGGAAUUUUAAUAAAUUCACAAUUUAAACUUCAUCAGUUACCUUUGUAGCUCUUAUGAUCAUUGCUCAAAUUUUUGAGUACCUUGAGAUAUCUUCUCUAAAUACUAUUUCACGGCAAUGAAAAAAUGUAUUGGCUAUGAAUCUAUAUAUUCCUAUGAAUCUGUCCCAUAUAUUUCACU